AUGACUGUACAGUUAAGGGCCUCCUAUCUUUUCCCCCUUUUCCUAGCUGGCUUCGUGCAGUCAAAUUCUAAGCUGUUGAAGAUGGAUUGCUACAAAGAUGCGAAAGGCACCAUCUAUGAUUAUGACGCUUUCACUCUUAAUGGAAAGGAACACAUUCAGUUCAAGCAGUAUGCAGGCAAGCAUGUCCUUUUUGUCAAUGUGGCCACCUAUUGUGGUCUGACAGCUCAAUAUCCUGAACUGAAUGCACUUCAGGAGGAGCUAAAGCCCUCUGACCUAGUUGUGUUGGGCUUUCCCUGCAACCAAUUUGGAAAGCAAGAACCAGGAGAGAACUCAGAGAUCCUUCCAGGACUGAAGUAUGUUCGUCCAGGAGGAGGAUAUGUACCUAAUUUCCAGCUUUUUGAGAAAGGGGAUGUGAAUGGCGAAAAAGAGCAGAAAGUCUUCACCUUCUUGAAGCAAUCCUGUCCUCACCCUUCUGAGCUUAUGGGCUCAAUCAAACAUAUAUCCUGGGAACCCAUCAUGGUCCAUGACAUCCGCUGGAAUUUUGAAAAGUUCCUGGUGGGACCUGAUGGAGUCCCUGUUAUGCGCUGGUUCCAUAAGACUCCAGUCAGUACAGUCAAGUCAGAUAUUCUGGCAUACCUGAAACAGCUCAAAACCAAAUAG